AUGACGGCGGAGCAGGAAGCUGUCUUGGCCAAGAAGUCCUACCUCCGUGGCAAGUCUGAUGAAGCACUGGGCGAGGAGCUCAACAAGCUGCAGAGCCUCUCCUAUGAGUACUGGAAGAUGCGCGUCUACAGGGUCUUCAGCAAAGAGUCCGUGAAGGAGGGAUUUGUCAGCUUUCUCACCUAUGGCAAUGCGAUUUUCAUCUUGAUUUUUCUGCGCACCGUCGUGCCGCGGCUACUCGUGAUUUCUUCAUUAGACGAUUUCUUCGGCUUCGCCAACGAGAUUGGCGUUCCCAACAGGCAGACUCUGAACGAUGUGGUCCGAAACAUCGACAAUUACGACACUGUUUUCAAGGUUCUGAUUUACACAGCGGCCUUCAUUGUGGAGAAAUUGACGUUGAUUUCUGAAAUUCUGCCGGUUCAGGUGGCCUUGAAGACAAUGUCUCCAGUCGUCUUUGGUGGCCUGAUCCCUGGGGCGCUGGUUGCUGCGACCUGCGAGACGGUGGGAGCCACGGUGAACUUCUUCAUCGGACGCACGUUCUUCUUUCAGCGCCUCAGAGACUUCCAGCUCCCUGGGGAGCCCAAGCUCGGGGAGGCGCUUUGGUUUGGCAGGCUUGAGCGCGCCGCCGAGAAGGAAGGUCUGAAGAUGACUCUUCUGCUCCGGCUGUCUCACAUUCUCCCGGUGCCCUUCGACUCCUACUGGUACAUCCUGGGGGCGCUCCCCGUAGGUGUGCUGGAGUUCAUAGUCGCGCACUGGGUCGGCUGCUUGAAGACCGCCUUCCUCGACGCCUCCUUGGGGCUUCUGCUCCUCACGUCGGUGGUGAGCCUGGAAGGUGCAGAGAAGCAAAACAUCAUCGUCGCCGAGUCCGUCGGCUUUGCAUUGGUGGCAUUGCUGGUCCAAACCUUUGCUACGGGCCUGGUGAAAGACAUCCUGGGCCUGGAGGAGGAUGCAAAGAAGCCCGAGGCCACAGACGCAGCGGCCGUCCAGGACCAGGCCAAAGCAGAAGCACCUGGAGCUGCCGCAACUGAUGCUGACAAGGGCACGAUGUGA